CAACACCACCACCACCACCACUUCAUAAUACAAACCAUCAAACGAACUCAUUCGAAACCAUCAACAAUCCAUCCGAAAUGUCAAACGAUAAAGGAAGUCUAAGAAUGAUACCAAGAUCAGAUUCAUUCUUAAUCGAAUCAUCUAGAUCUUCAUCACCACAUCAUUUCUUAUUUCAAUCACCACAUCAUCAUUUAAUCAGAAAACCAUCAUCCAACAGUUUACCAUCAUCACCUACCAAACCCGUCUCAUUUCCAUCAACCAAACCUAAUUCAUCAUUCAUUCAAUUAGAUUUGAUUAAAAGACCUUCUUCGUCGCGUAGUUUUAAAAGAGCUUUUAAUUCCUCUCCUACGGCUAUACCUUCUCUUUCUUCCCUUUCUAGACCUCGUUUACCUUCUUCUUCUAGAUCUAGUGCUUUAGCUAGAAAACGUCUUACUCCUAAUUCAAAUCAUCGUCAUCGUCCUACUUUACCUCCUAGAUUAUCUACUUCGUCUACUACUACUAGUCCUUUGACUGUUCCGUGUGGUAUCAUUGCUAAAGGUAAAAUGACCUUAGAAUCGGAUCGUGAUGGAUCUCCAAGUGAAGCCCUUUCGCGUGCUUUAAGAGCUGUUAGUAGGAAUAGAUCCUCAAGUCUUGAUAGAAGUUGGAGUAGAAGUCAAACCGAUCAAUCAUCAAGUCCAUCCAAAGAAAUCUUGGCUUCGACUUAUCCAUCUCCAUCAUCAGUAACAGAAGAUUCAGAAGACCAAGAUUCAGAAGGCGGUUUCCCAUUCAACCAUUGUACUCCUAACGAUUUGAAUCAUAAUCAUAGUAGUUCUUACAUCACUUUUGCUUCACUUAAUGUACAUGCUCCUCCUUCUCCUCCUCAAAGUGCUAACGGUGAUGAUUUAUCAUUCGAUUCGAUUUCUAAUCUUGAAUCAUUACCUAAGAAUUGGUGGACUAAAUAAUCAAUCCAUGUCCCUCUUUGAUGAUGUUUGUUUUCUUUUGGUUUUGGGUCUCUUUUUGCUUUCUAUUUGGUGUUUUUGGUGUUGUUUUUUUGUUCAAAAUUUUCAUAAACGGUUUUUAAGUUACUAUAUAUAUAUAUAUAUCUAUACAAAUUCUAAGUCUUUGUAUCUCUUCCCAAGUUCUUUUCUUCAUAUACCUCUUUUUUAUAUACCUCUUUUUGAUACACUCAUUGAUACACUAUUUCCAACAAUCACAAAAAAAUUGUUUUCUUAUCUUUGUUUAAUUCUUCGUGAAUUAUAGAUGGUUUAUUUCAUUAAUAGUCUUUCAUUCUACAUUUUUCCUUUUUUCAUUUCUCAUCUUCAUCUUCAUUUUCGUCUUAAUACCCAAGAUUUCUUAUUAUUCUUUAUUAUUUUUGGAAAGAUACAAGGACAAAAAAAUAUUUUCAAAAGAUAUCACAAUGUUUACAUUUUUAUAUAUACAAGUUUUUCUUUUUUUUUCUUUUUUUGUGUUUUUUUUUGUUCUUUGAUUUUUUUGAAGUUUACACUCUUAAGUUUCAGUUUUAGUUUUUUUUUGAUUGAUAUCGAUGGCUUGUGUAGCUCUUUAUUGAUAAAUCCAAUAAUACGAAAACCCUAUAUAUCAUACAUUGUUUAGUUUUAAAAAAAAUGGGUUUCUGGAACAAGGCGGAGGAAAAAGGAGUAUUAAUUGUUUAUAUUUGUUUCUUGAUAUAUCAACUUUGAAAGCUGAUGAGAUAUUUAAUGGUAUUUUUUGUUUCAUGCUCCUU